UAAACAAUUUUGACAGCUUGGGCAGUUGUCUACCUGUAUGUUAUUUUGAAUUUUGAACUGAUUCUAGCUGCCGGAUAGUUAGAGAGAUGAAUGUGAAAGGAUAUGAUACGGAAGGGACAUAUGUGAAGAAAGAAUUGCGGCUGAAUAUGAAGCAUGAGCAAAUCCUGGCUCAACGACAAGCUCUAUUGAAUGGAACGGAGGCUUAUUAUGACAGCCGACAGAAACGUGCGUCUGAGUUUGUCUCCAGUUAUAACAGAGCCAUGGAAAGAAACCAAAGAUUGAGAGAGGAGAUACAUAACUGUAUGAGGGGAAUGCAGAAAGAAAAGAGAAGAGCCAGAAAAGAGGAUUCUGAGUUUGAAAAUUUGAAGGAUAAUUACUGGAACAUGGUGAAGAAAUGUCUACCAAAGUGGGAAGAAGAAUUAGAUAAACAGAAAAAUCUACCUUCGUGAAAGUUCUCUGCUUUCUUGUCUGAAAUCCCACAAUUCCCAGAGCUUGUGCCUGAUCACAUGAAACACUGGAUAUCUACAGAGGGUAUCACGAAAUUGUGGGAUCAUAAAAUAGAUUAUCCAGGGUUGCGGGCCGUAGUGCUGGUCGCAUAAUAUGAUUGGUUGCAGAGGGUAACAAGUUUGAAAGUUUGAAUUUGGAUUCUUUGAGACGGUUUGGUUUUACCAUUUACAGUAAAAAAUCGAUCCUUUAAGGAUAUAUGAUGAAUGAGCAAAAAGCAAGAAAAGUCAAUUACACAGUUGGGGUUUAAGAAAUUUUAGGUAUUACAUUUAAAAAGCACACGAUUUUUGAAAAAAAAAGGGUGAUAAUUUUGAAUAUUUUGAAAAUUUUAUGAAAGCAAGAGGACAACAAGAGA